GGGCCUAAUAUGGCGAUCGAGUGUGAUAGACACUUACUUUUCAACUCCGGCAUAAAAUUGCGAAAUUUUGAUAAUCUCAAUCCCUCCGCCUCUUCCUCAUCAAAUUCCCAAUUCUGAUCAUUAAAAUUCCUAAUCGCCCAUGGGAGAACCUCAUCGAUUCUCUGAUUAUCUCGUGCUCGGAGACGGUCCAGUUGCUGACAUUUUGUUGUGGAAGAAACCAAACCAGAGUAUUUUAAUUCUUGUCCUGUCAACGCUUCUAUGGCUUCUAUUCGAGAAAGGCGGAUACAAUUUGCUUUCGUUCAUAUCGAAUGUUUUAUUCUUCCUCGUCAUAAUCUUGUUUUUUUGGGCAAAAUCUGCAGCACUUCUCAAUAGACCUUUGCCGCCUCUCCCAAAUCUUGAGGUUUCUGAAGAAGUUGCUGUGAAGGUUGCUGAUGAGAUGCGAGUCUGCAUAAAUCAUGUAUUGUCAAUGGCACACGACAUUGCAAUUGGUGGAGACUUGAAACUCUUUUGGCAGCUUGCACUAGGAUUCUGGUUUAUUUCCUACAUAGGCAGUUUAUUCAACUUUCUUACACUGGUCUACAUUGGGGUCCUACUUUGUUUCUCGCUGCCUCUGUUGUAUGAUAAGCACCAAGCUCUGAUAGAUGACAAGCUAUAUGUAGUACAAAGAAUAGUUCAGAUGCAGUACCGCUUAAUUGAUGAGCAUGUACUCGGCAAGACGCCAUCAACAUGAAGAGAAGAAGACCCAGUAUACUCGGCAAGACGCCAUCAACAUUGAAGAGAAGAAGACCCAGUAGACUCACUGUAAUGUUGCUAUGUCUCUCAGUAUAUGUCACACUUUUUAUGGGCCAAGCUGCAGACAAAUAAUCUCUAAUGGCUAUGUUUCUAUCUUAAAUGCCUCAUUUGUGAAUGGAUCAUUAUAUCUGUGAGAGUGCAAAACAUAGAACCAAACAUUUUUUUGAUAUGCAUCUUUAACUUGAUCUAUUCUCUCAGUGAAGGAAUACCAUUACAUAGUUAUAAGUUUUCUACCAAUUUGUAUUGGUCAAAAUAUUUAGAGCAUCAGGAUUUUACUAUGUUUACACAAAUCUAACUAAUCAAGUAUGAAAUGCAUUGCAUUAAUGUAGCAUUUCCAAUUACAUAUUCUGGAUCAGACAAAAUAUUUCAUCCUCGUAUUUUUUCUUGAAUGAGAAGUGUGCAGUGCAGAUGAGGAAGCUACAUAUUUAGUAGGAAAUAAGAGGUGUAAUGGAGUAUGGUGCUAGUUUGAACGUAGUUGGGUAGGAAUUCCCUUUCUUGCAUAUGCUAGUAUAGAUUACUUUAAGAAACUUCGUGACGUACUUGACUGGAUGUAUGUUGCUUUUAUUUUCCAUAAGCUGAAUCAUAUUCAUUGGCAUGCUUUUUUUUCGAGGCCCUUAGCUAUUAAGCAGUUUUUGUGACGUGUGGAAGAUGAAAUCCUGCUUAGACAUGCAUACAAGUACGUUAAAAGCCCACGUACUUCAAUAAUGCACUACUAAAAUAGGGGAAAGAUGGGUACUGACAUAUUUUUACAUUGGAUAUAUACCUUUCUAACUUGGAUAUUUAUUAUGAAAGUUUUGAUAUUUAUACCUAACGCAGUGCAUUUGCAGGUGCCCUUUGGUGAUUGCUUACCAUUUACUCCUAAAAGACCAGUCGAGGAAGGCUGCUCGCUUUAGCUACAUAGGAUGAUUUGCUGGAUAUGUCAUCAUGCUAAUGAGGUUGAGUAGUUCUGGUUUUGUAGCUUUUCAUUCAAAAGAUUGGAGUGUGCAGUGAUUAAUAUUAGUACAUUUAUCAUGAAUACUGAUUUUGAAAUGUAUUUACCAUUUCCGUUUUUGAAUUUUGAUAAUAUUAUGGUGCGUUUUUGAAA